GGUUAGACAGUGUUCAUAUUGUUGUGAGUACUACUGUAGUGAGUACUACUGUUGUGAGCACUACUGUUGCGAGUACUACUGUUGGAUAUGAGUAGCAUCACCAAGCACUCUAGGAUGGUGAUGCUGAUGGUGAUGGUGACGGUGACGCUGGGUGACGAGGUGCCUAUUGAUCCUCAGGCCACCUGUGAGGACGGAACACCUCUGUACUUAAGGAUGCCUCAUCAUCACACCGCUCAGGUGCCCCUCGACGCCAGCUUAGAGAUUAUCCUCGACCUUCCCUUCCCUAGACAUGACAAUGUGUGGUUCCAGCAGCGGUGGAGUGGUGGGGGUGAUGGAGGGGGACUGCAGGUGUCAGACAGAUCCACCUUUGCGCCAGGUGACCCGUACAGCUGGGACAGAACACCCCAGGAGUUCUUGGACGUCACACCAGACAUAAUAACAGAGGCGUUCAAGGAGGGCGUGCAAGCGAUGUCACUGAUAGAUGAGUUGGAGAUGAGGUUAUACAGCAACAACAUUACCGUGGACAAACUCGAUCCUUCGUGGAAGCAAGAUAAACUCUUUCAUUUCUCCAACGAACUAGUUAGAAAUCUCUCCCGGUUUGGUCACAUCGCUAGCCUCACUACCAUUAAGAUCAAGUCUAAAGUCAACAUGCUUGAGAACAAGACCAGUGUAGACAUGGUGAGGCUCGGCAGCCUGAAGGAGUGCGAGGAAGAACUGAAGCACCUCAAGCCCAGCAGCUGUGAUAUAGACGCCCCCUACAGAACCUCCGAUGGCACCUGUAACAACCUCAAGAACCCAACCUGGGGCGCCUCCUUCACCCCCUUCAGGAGGUUGUUGCCUGCAGUUUAUGGCGACGGAGUGUCGGCUAUGAAGCGAGCAGUGGACGGGGAGGAGUUACCUAACCCUCGGCACGUCAGUAACUCCAUCAACAUCAAUAAGAAUAACCAGUCUGCCUGCUUCUCCAUCCUACACAUGACCUUUGGCCAAUUCCUUGACCAUGACCUCACCGCCACACCCACCUCCAGAGGGGUGGGUGGUAGUCUGAUUCCGUGUUGUUUACCUUCGGUGCUCAGCAAACCGGAGUUAAAACAUCCAGAAUGCGCUCCCAUCUUCAUCCCUCCUGACGACGAGUUCUAUCCUGCUUACGGUAUAUCCUGCCUCAACUUAGUCCGCUCCAGCCCUGCGCACUCCUGUAGCUUUGGCCCCCGGGAGCAGCUGAACACAGCGACGGGUUACAUAGACGGUUCAGCUGUGUACGGCAGCACCAAGAAGUUGGCCAAGGAACUGAGAGUUGGCCGAGACGGUCUGCUGGAUACUCAGGUCACGAAGAAGGGUGAGGAGAUGUUACCUGCCUCCAAGAACCUCCACGAUGGUUGUAACGUUAAGGAAAACUUCGAUAAGAAAGAAUUUUGUUUCAAGUCAGGUGACUUCCGAGUGAACGAGCAGAUGAUGUUAAUGUUGAUGACUACACUGUGGGCGAGGCAACACAACAACCUGGCCAGGCAGCUGAAGGCUCUCAACCCUUCCUGGGACGACGAGAAGUUAUAUCAGGAGGCCAGACGGAUCAACGUGGCCAUGAUACAAAACGUUGCUUAUAAGGAGUUCAUUUGUGGUGUUUUAGGUCGACGACUGAUGGAAGGUCUCGGGCUGAUGCCGGGGACAGGAGGUCGCUACAGCACGGACUACGACCCAGCCAUUCCCCCGAGCAUAGCUAAUGAGUUUGCAGCUGCCGUCUACCGCUUCGGCCACAGCAUGAUAACUAGUUCCUUACUACGAGUGCUAGACAACGGGGAGAAAUCAGCAGCAGGGAUCAACAGCUUCAUUUUCUCACCGUUCGAGUCUUACAGACCUGGGGCCACUCUGGCGUUGAUGAAAGGCGGUAUGUUGGGCAGCGCUAGCGAAGUGGACCAUGUCUUCUCCAGGGAGAUUACAGGAAAGUUGUUUAAGAGAGGCAACGUGGGUCUGGACUUGGUAGCGAUUAACAUACAACGCGGACGUGAUCACGGGCUGGCUGGGUAUGUGACGGUGAGACAAGCUUGUGGUUUGCGUCUUGUCAAAACCUUCAAUGAUCUGGCUGAGGACAUGAACUCAGAUGCCCUGGAAAACUUGAAGAGGAUUUACAAGAACGUGAGAGAUAUUGACCUAUUCGUGGGGGGUCUGUCAGAGAACCCAUUGCCAGGCAGCCAAGUGGGGCCGACCUUCGCGUGUGUGCUAGUUGACCAGUUUGUAAGGCUGAAGAAAGGUGACAGGUACUGGUUCGAGAACAAGGAAGGACCGGGAGCUUUUACGAAAGAUCAACUCCGGGAGCUACAGCAGGUCAGUCUGGCUCGGGUGAUGUGUGACAACAUGCCGGACAUGAGUACAAUGCAGCGCUGGCCCUUGCUGAUGGAGGGAGCUUAUAACCCAGAACUACCCUGCUCUUCUAAAUGUAUCCCCAGCUUCAACAUCUCUCAUUGGAAAGCUUAAAAUAUCUCCAAGGUCAACUCUACAUCCGCCUUGACACACUGGAAAGCUUAAAAUAUCUCCAAGUUCAACUCUACAUCCGCCUUGACACAAUGGAAAGCUUAAAAUAUCUCCAAGUUCAACUCUACAUCCGCCUUGAAACAAUGGAAAGCUUAAAAUAUCUCCAAGUUCAACUCUACAUCCGCCUUGACACACUGGAAACCAUAUUACUUCUACAAGUUCAUAUUAAAGUUUAACCUUUUAUUCUGAAAAGUGAAAGUGUCUCCCAGUUUUGUUUUUGGGAAGGUCAGACAUGUGCUUAAACACAUCUCCACGAUAACGGUGACACAUCUCCACGAUAACGGUGACACAUCUCCACGAUAACGGUGACACAUCUCCACGAUAACGGUGAUACAUUUCCACGAUAACGGUGACACAUCUCCACGAUAACGGUGAUACAUUUCCACGAUAACGGUGACACAUCUCCACGAUAACGGUGACACAUCUCCACGCGUCAUCCCUCGUGUUGACACAGCAUAACAUUCCUAUUACGAGAAAGUUCACUAAUUUAUGUCUACUUUUAUACUUUCUCUCAAACUCUCUCUAUCUCUUUAAAUCCCCCUUCUCUUUUACUUUCUCUCAAUCUCUCUCU